AACUAAACGCAGCUUCGAAAACACGUGGAGGAUAAUACUGAGUUUUUAUACAGAAAAGUGAUUCGGUCAGAUUUUGUAAUCGACGCGUCCAAAAGUUUAAAGCAUGAGGCCUGCUAAGAUGUGGGCUCUUUUGGCUGCUGCUCUAGUGGCCACCGCACUUCUACCUUCCAGUCACGCCGAGGCGCCGCUGACUGGCAGCUACUUGCCACCAUCAACGAGCUACGGAACUCCCAACAUCGGCGGAGGUGGUGGUGGUGGAUUCGGUGGUAGUGCUCCAUCCAGCAGCUACGGUGCCCCAUCUUCCGGAGGCGGAAGCUUCGGUGGCAGCUUCGGCGGUGGAUUUGGAGGCAGCGCACCGUCCAGCAGCUACGGAGCUCCAUCAUCCGGUGGAAGCAGCAGACCGUCCAGCAGCUACGGUGCACCGUCUAGCAGCUACGGAGCUCCAUCAUCCGGUGGAAGCAGCAGACCGUCAAGCAGCUACGGAGCCCCGUCUUCAGGAGGUGGUGGCGGAUUCAGCGGUGGAAGCAGCAGUGGAGGUUUCUCAGGUGGAUUCGGCGGCAGCAGCGCACCUUCCAGCAGCUACGGAGCACCGUCCAGCAGCUACAGUGCACCAUCUAGCAGCUACGGAGCCCCGUCUUCAGGAGGUGGUGGCGGAUUCAGCGGUGGAAGCAGCAGUGGAGGUUUCUCAGGUGGAUUCGGCGGCAGCAGCGCACCUUCCAGCAGCUACGGAGCACCGUCCAGCAGCUACGGAGCACCGUCUUCUGGAGGUGGAAGCUUCAGUAGUGGAUUUGGAGGUAGCGCGCCGUCCAGCAGCUACGGAGCGCCAUCAUCCGGUGGAAGCAGCAGACCGUCAAGCAGCUACGGAGCCCCGUCUUCAGGAGGUGGUGGCGGAUUCAGCAGUGGAAGCAGCAGUGGAGGUUUCGGAGGCAGCGCACCGUCAAGCAGCUACGGAGCACCAUCGAGUAGCUAUGGAGCCCCGUCUUCAGGAGGCGGUGGAUUCGGUGGCAGCGCACCUUCAAGUAGCUACGGAGCGCCAUCUUCCGGUGGCGGAAGACCUUCGUCGAGCUACGGAGCUCCCUCGUCAAGCUACGGUGCGCCUUCCAAACCCUCAAGCAGCUACGGACCACCAUCAAGUAGCUAUGGAGCCCCGUCAUCAGGAGGCAGCAGCAGCUUCAGCGGCGGCUUCAGUAGUGGACACUCCAGCGGCGGCGGUGGCAGCCGACCAUCCUCCAGCUAUGGCGCACCCUCUUCAAGCAGCGGUGGUUACAGCUCAGGCGGCGGUGGUGGAUACAGCUCCGGUGGAUCCAGCGGUGGAUACAGUUCCGGCGGCUCCAGUGGUGGAUACAGUUCCGGCGGCUUCGGUGGCGGCUACAGUUCCGGCGGCGCUGGUGGAUACAGCUCUGGAGGAGGUGGUGGAUACAGUUCCGGCGGCAGUGGAGGCGGUUACAGCUCCGGUGGUAGCAGCGGUGGACAAAGCUACGCCAGCAACGGCGGCUACCAAUACUAAGCUAACGAUAAGAUCUAUUAACCCAUCAACAAGCGGGUAAUCACCGAUGAACUUGCUUCAAUCGUUGCUUUUCUCUAACAGGAAAUAAGUUGUUGAAUCUGCAGGCAUCAAUUCUAACCAUGACACUCAAAACUACAGAUCCCAAUUAUUUUCUACUCUAACAUCGAUGCCGGAUUGUUCAAAAAUCAUGUACAGAGAGGUUGAGUAUUUUGUUCGAACCCUGCGCUAUAAUGUUAAAUUAAUAUUCUUGAUUUCUUUCUCCCUCUCUGUGACCCUCUCUUCAGCUCUUUCCCUGUUAUGUUUCCUCUCUUAUAGCUUGGAUCCCGACGAUGAUGAAUGAAGUCCAUCAGGAGAAACCCGCGCUUCGAUCCCCAUUUCACUAACUGAGCUGAAUUAAUUAUAGAUACUAAACUAUUUAGCUUCCACAGUAAGAAAAAGAUAUGUACAUUUUUAUAUUUUUAUACAUGACAAAAAAAAAAAAAAAAAAAAAGGAUAGAACAAUUAUCUGAUCCAGCUGAUAGACAAAUAAUUGUUUUGCACUGAAUAUGAUCUAUUUAUUAUUUUUGUGAAAACGUUUUUUUCCUAUCAAUAAAGCUGGUCUGCUGUGAAGAAU